GUCGCAGCGGCGGCAACAGCAGCAGCGCUCCUCUCUUGUGUCUGUAUCCUUCACACAUUGGUACCCGAAGCGCCUUAACAGCCCAGGGAAGUGGAAGAGGAAGAAGGGAAGUACUGCUGCAAAGCACCAUUUGGAAGAAGAUCUUAUCUUUAAAAAAAAAACUGGAAUGGGUGGGAUGCAAAAAUAGACAGGGAGGAGAGGGUGAGAGACCGGGGGACCCUGCAACAACGAAUGCCUGCUUUGACUCGCUUCGCUUCAGUGUCAAGACCUGGGCUCAAGCAAGGGAGAGGAAGAGAAAAAGUACCAUGGUGUGGAAGUAAUAAUGCUGGCUGCGGGUGAACUUUUGGAGGCACUGCAGGCUGUGGCAGUUUAAUAGACCCUCCCCAGACCCCUCCCUCCCUCCCUCUACCCAGGGGACGGGACCCAGCCUGAACCCCGGGAGGAUCGAGCCCCCCAGGUCAGGUUUGCAAAGAAGGCGAGACCUGCGGAGGAAGGAGGGUUUUUGCCUGCGGACUGACUGACUCGUGUGUGUGUGUGUGUGUGUGUUUUUUUUUUCCAUUUUUGGCUGCAGAACCCGAGAGGCUGGAAGCAAUGAUUUUGUGCGCAUUUGCAAAAGAGCGAGGGGUUGCAAUUUCUUUGUGUGGCUCGGAGGGUUGAUACCUCUGCGUUUUCUCUCCUGGGUGACCAGGUCGCGGUCGGGAAGUGCACAAGGAGGAGGGGGGAGGAAAGAGAGGGAUAGAGAGAGAAAGAGCGAGGAGGGGAAGGAAGAAAGCAAGUUAACGUUUGCAUUGCAUUGCACUGAUUGCACGGACUAUUUAAUCCGCUCAGUUGCCCAUAUUAUGUCCGCACUCCGAAGAAAAUUUGGUGACGAUUACCAAGUAGUAACCACCUUGUCCAGCAGUUCUGGGUUCAAUCAGCCACCCAAGAAAAAGCGGCAGAGGUUCGUGGACAAGAACGGGCGCUGCAAUGUACAACACGGGAACGUGAGCGGCGAGGCGGGCCGCUACAUCUCGGAUUUAUUUACUACUUUGGUCGACUUGAAAUGGCGCUGGAAUUUGUUUAUCUUCAUCCUCACAUACACUGUGGCUUGGCUCUUCAUGGCGACCAUGUGGUGGCUCAUCGCCUACAUCCGAGGCGACCUCAACCAAACUCACGAUGACAACUACACCCCGUGCGUUGCAAACGUCUACAACUUUCCAUCGGCUUUCCUCUUCUUUAUUGAGACUGAGGCGACCAUCGGGUACGGAUACAGGUACAUCACGGACAAGUGCCCAGAGGGGAUCAUCCUCUUCCUCCUGCAGUCCAUCCUCGGCUCAAUCGUGGAUGCUUUCCUGAUCGGCUGCAUGUUCAUCAAGAUGUCCCAGCCCAAGAAGCGGGCGGAGACCCUCAUGUUCAGCGAGCAUGCGGUGAUCUCCAUGAGAGACGGCAGGCUGACUCUCAUGUUCAGAGUGGGGAAUCUCCGCAAUAGCCACAUGGUAUCCGCACAGAUACGCUGCAAACUGCUCAAAUCCCGGCAGACGCCCGAGGGAGAAUUCUUGCCCCUCGAUCAACUAGAGUUGGACGUUGGAUUUAGCACAGGGGCAGAUCAACUUUUCCUCGUAUCCCCUCUCACUAUCUGCCAUGUGAUUGAUACCAAGAGUCCCUUCUACGACCUCUCCCAGCCAUCAAUGCAGACGGAGCAGUUCGAGAUAGUUGUUAUCCUUGAAGGCAUCGUCGAAACCACGGGCAUGACAUGCCAAGCGAGAACGUCAUAUACAGAGGAUGAAGUUCUUUGGGGUAACCGUUUUUACCCAGUUAUUUCUCUGGAAGAAGGAUUCUUUAAAGUAGACUACUCACAAUUUCAUGCAACGUUUGAAAUCCCAACACCACCCCAUAGUGUGAAAGAACAAGAGGAAAUGCUAUUCAUGUCCUCCCCUUUGAUGGCUCCAGCUAUUAACAACAGCCGAGGCAGUUUAUUGGAAAGAAAUAAUUCUGUGGACUGCUUUGAUAGCAUUGAUGACCUUUGCACCAGGAUACCACUGAAACUGCAGAAAAUGACAGGGAGGGAAGAUCUACAAAAAAGACUGCUUCGAAUGAGUUCCACCACAUCGGAAAAAGCAUUCAGCAUGAGCGAUUUGCCAAUGAAGCUCCAACGAAUUAGUUCAGUUCCUGGGAAUACUGAUGAAAAACUGGCAUCAAAGUCCAGUAAGGUGACCUGUGAGUCAAUGAACCAGCAAGUGAGUGACCUACCACCAAAGCUACAGAGAAUGGCUGGUGGGUCAAGAAUGGAAGGAAAUCUCCCGCCCAAACUAAGGAAAAUGAAUUCAGAACGUUUUACGUAACUUCAGGAACCUUUUGAUGGACUCUUAUAAUCUAAUUUUUGAUUAAAGACAAUACUGUAAUUUUGAAAGUUUAAUGGGACAAAUAUACUGCAUUUAUUUACAAAACUGGGCAAAGUAUCAUUAGCACUACAUGUAUUAUGAGAUGUUCAUUUAACAGCUGGAGUGAAAUGUAAAGUUUAUUGCUUUGAUACGAAACCUCAGCCAUUUUAAAACCCAUUGUAAUAUUAGCAUCAUCUAGCAUGUAGUAUCACAGAUAGCAUGCAAUAAUAACGUGCAACUUUUGCAUAUAGUUUUAUGGCAUGGUUCAUAAUAAAUUUAUAUUUAUUCAGUGGUAGCAAAUGUAUAAAAUGAGGCUUUGCAAUGUCUCAAAAUGUAUUACAGAAUUGGAUCUUAAAAGUUCGCCAAGGUGUAUUUCUAAAUGAGAGUGGGUAUCUUUUGAAGCUUGAUUUCAUGCUUUAAAAUUAUCUUAAAUACAUAUAUCAAAUUGUAAUAUGUUCUCUUGAAACUAGUCCUAUUGAAUGCAUGUUUUGCUUACAGAAUUAGAGAAGGCUACGGGCAAUGUAGAGCACAGAAGGCUCGAGAGAAAAUUUCAGCCUUAAAUAAUCUGGUAUCUUCCUUGUUUUGUGUUUUAUUAGCUUCACAUUUUGUUUUUGGAGUGUAUGUAAACAAAGGGCGGGCCAGUGAGGACAAGGGCAAAUGGAAACAUUAAAUUAUGAUAUCAAGACUGCACAGCAGGCCUGUGUUUUAUCAUCUCAAAUAAUACUAUUUUACGUCAGCCUGCUUCAUACUCUGAACUGCAUAAUGUGAAAUACUGUAUGUUACCAAACUAGAAACAUCUUCAGGCAUGCUGACUUUAUGUAUAAAUAUAAGUUGAUUCGAACUACUAAGGGACAAUGGGAUACUUGUAUUUAUUCCUAUUGCAGCCUCAGUUUUUAAGCUGAAAACUAUAUUAAAAUUUUCAACUGUAUAUGCUGUUUCAUUUCAAAGACUACAGUGUGUUUUGUUAAUAAUCUGAUAGUUUCUGCACCCGACCUUUGCUAAAACAUACUUUGAAAUCUUCAGCUGCUGUGCAAUGAGUAAAACUAAUUAAAUAAAUACUAAUAUAUAAGAACACUUACUUACGCAAGCCUUCAGUAAUUAUUUUUAUCCGUGAAUGGAAUGACAAUUAUUAUCAAAAUGUUGGCCCCCAAAAUUUUCUUCACGUUGCAAAGGAGAUAAUUUGCUAAUAUUGCUUUGAUCCGUUGCAAUUGUCCACUUAUUUACUGACUUCAAUAGUUUGAGCGGAUUAUUUUCACAAACCCAAAUAUUGAGCGUGACUCAUGAAUAAAAUGAAAUUGCAGCUUGAAAUUAUGAAUUCUAAUAAACACUUGUAAAGAGGUUAAUGAUUCAUAAAAUGCAAUUCUGUUUCGAGUGAGUCACCUCAUGGGAUAUGUGCAAAAGAAAGUGCUGGAGGGAUUCAGUGGGUCAGGUAGCAUCUGUGGAGAGAAUGGAUAGAUGAGUUUAGGGUCUGGAGCCUUCUUCAGAAUCUAAGGAAGAUUCACAACCUGAAAUAAUACCUGUCCACUCCCUCCACAGAUGCUGCUUGAUCCGCUGAGUUACUUCCAGCACUUUAUGUCUUGCUCAGGAUCUCCUUGUGCCUCCAUGGUAUGUGUGAUUUGGUCAUCCCACUGAAGGCAAUAUCAACAUAAAAGUUACAUUUGGAUAUUUAGUUUGGUUUAUUUUGGAGAUACAGCACAGAAACAGGCCCCUUGGCCCACUGAGCCCGUGCCAACCAGCAAUCCCAGUUCACUAGCACUAUCUUAUACACUAGGGCCAAUUUACCAAAGCCAAUU